GGUCAGUCUCGCCAGUCACCAACACUUACACCACGCUCGCUAUCUGCAAAACAUUACAUUAUCCUCCAUUAUUUUUGCAAUUUGCACCUGAUAAAUGUCUGCUGUUUUGAAGUAGUUGAGUGUGAGUUGUUAGUCGGCUAACUUGACGAGGUUUUGCUGUUAAUUUAUAUUUAGUUGGCUACUUUAGAAACAAUGUGACAAGUUAGCUAGCUGGCUAGCUUGAGAUAAGUAAUGGCUUGCUUGCUUCGGGGUACACUCCGGCUAACGACCCUCACACGGCCCCUGAGCAACCUUGACUUGCCCACAGCUUCAGGUGAACUUUUACUACCUCCAGACCGCUUACGUCACCACGUUAGGACGCUGCACGACAGGGGCGAUGGUACCAAGAAGUCCCCGCUGGCGGCAGUUCCAGAAAGACUGCCGUUUUCCACCGUGACCCAGGAUGACUUGGACUUCUUCCGAAAGAUUCUACCUGGCCGAACCGUGACUGACCCCGACCUGUUGGAGUCUUAUAAUGUGGACUGGCUCAAGUCUUCUAAAGGUUCCAGUGAGGUGUUGCUGAGACCUCAGACAGCAGAGGAAGUCUCACAAAUUCUCAGCUACUGUAACAGCCGAAAUCUGGCGGUGAACACGCAAGGAGGCAACACCGGGCUGGUUGGUGGCAGCGUUCCCGUCUAUGACGAGAUCAUCCUCUCCACCGCCCUCAUGAACAACAUCCUGAGCUUUGACGCCAUUUCUGGGGUCCUGACUUGCCAGGCGGGUUGUGUCCUGGAGCAUUUGUCUGUCUACUUAGAGCAACGGGAACACAUCAUGCCCUUGGACCUGGGCGCCAAGGGCAGCUGCCACAUCGGGGGCAACGUAGCCACCAACGCGGGGGGUCUGCGGCUGCUGCGCUACGGCUCACUGCACGGCAGCGUUCUGGGCGUGGAAGCGGUGCUGGCUGGCGGUCAGGUGUUAGACUGCUUGUCCACCCUGAGGAAGGACAACACGGGCUACGACCUCAAGCAGCUCUUCAUUGGCUCCGAAGGCACGCUUGGCGUCAUCACCGCCGUGUCCGUCCUUUGUCCUCGCAAGCCGAAAUCUGUCCAUGUGAUGUUUUUGGGUUGUGAAACGUUUGAGCAGAUUCUGAAGACCUUUCAGCUGUGCAGAAGCAUGCUGGGAGAAAUCUUGUCGGCCUUUGAGUUCCUGGACAGCGAAUGUAUGUGGCUGCUUAACACGUACCUCAAGCUGGACAACCCCAUCUCUGAUUGUCCAUUCUACGUGGUGAUAGAAACAUCGGGCUCGGACCCGCGGCACGACGAGGAGAAGCUCCACAAUUUCUUGGAAGAAGCCAUGACAUCGUCGCUUGUCACAGACGGGACGCUGGCGACGGAGGAGUCCAAAACCAAGGCUCUGUGGUCGAUGCGCGAACGCGUCACCGAAGCGCUGACGCACGACGGCUUCAACUACAAGUACGACGUGUCGAUCCCCGUGGAGACCAUCUACCAGCUGGUGACCGACAUGAGAGCCCACCUGAGGGGCCAAGCCAAGAGGGUGGUGGGAUACGGACACGUGGGAGACGGGAAUCUCCACCUGAACAUCACCUCGCCAACCAGAGACGCCGCGCUGCUGGCUGCCAUCGAGCCGUUUGUGUACGAGUGGACGUCCGCCCGGCGGGGCAGCGUGAGCGCCGAGCACGGACUAGGCCUGAAGAAGAGGAACUAUAUCUACUACAGCAAGCCCAGCUCGGCGGUGGCCCUCAUGGCCGGCAUCAAGGCCAUGCUGGACCCUCGGGGCAUCCUCAACCCGUACAAGACUUUACCGGACAAGCUGUUGUGAAAGUUGUUUUCUGUUGACCGUCCAAAAAAACAAAGUGUUAUUAACGGGAUUUUACAACACUUGUCCGAGAAGUGGAAGCAAAAUAAAUCCCGGUAGGACUUGUUUGGAACGUAUGCCCCCAAGAAAUUCAAAUUGCAUAGAAGAGACAAAGUAAACAAAAAGAAUGUGCUUGUGUCUCAACUUGUCACUUGCGUAACACUUAAGAAUGCAGGCCGCUGCUUUGAUUGAUUGAAUAAAAUGCAAUAUUCAAUAUUUUUUAUUGUUAAAUUAUAGUCUGCACUUGUGUGAUUACCUAAAUGUUUUAAAUAAAUGCCAUGAGUGUAAGAA